CACAUCAACCAUUCUCCGCCAGAUCGUUGUACCCAGUGGUCUUAACGUACAGGCAUAGCUCAGUAAAUGGUUAUAUUCUGUAGCUUGAAAAUCUUUUUUCUGAAGCGUUUUUUCCUUCCGCUCCAGGACCAUUCUAUCCUGCCGUCUAUCCGUCACCAGCCCCCACGUCCUCGCCAAUCUUGACUCCCCACACCUUAUCCACCCAAUAAACUUUGUUAACUCACUCUGUCGUGUCCUGCGUUUGGGUCUCCUCAGUGACCGUAACAGCGUGAGGACUUGAUGAGAGAUCAGAUUAUCACACACACACACACACACACACACACACACACACACACACACACACACACACACACACACACACACACACACACACACACACCCCCAGCAGAUGGUCAGUCGGUGGAUCUGCUCUCAGGGUAAAUCUGCAGACGAAGGAAUAAAGUGUUACCUAUCGUCGGCUCCUGGAGACUCGAGUUUUCAGGAUGAUGCUGAACGACAGCUGGACCGUCAUGAACAACAGCAGCACGGAGCUGGACAGCAAGCCAGCCAGCAGACAGAAGAGAUGCUGCAGCUUCCUGUUUUGGUCAGUCGUCAUGCUGUCUGUUUUUGCGGUCGUUGCCACAGCAACCGUCAUUAUCCUGUACCUGAACCAGUUUCCUCUGCCCUUCUUCAGUAAAAGGGUUGGAGUCUUGGACCCAACCCCCUCUGUGAUCUCGACCAAUAGGGAUUCAGGAGCGGUGGUGUCUGUUUCCCGGGGGACGGAGGGAGAGCCAAUCAGCAUCUUCCUGGACCCGAGCUGCCCAGACCUGAGCGAGAGCUUCCUGCGCUGGGAGGCUCUGCAGAGCUCCCUGCUGCGCCGGCUGACCAAUCACAACGCAGACGACUGGCAGGAAACAGGAUUGGCCCGCACGCUGGGGGAGGAGCUGAAGGUGCUGACAGGCCAUGCCCACAACCUGAGGCUGGAAGCUGAUUCGCUGAAAACAGGUCAAGGUGUUCUGGAGCAGCGGCUGGAUGUCCUGCAGAGCGAGCAGAGCCGCACCCUGCAGGUGCUGCAGCAGCUGCACUCAGGUGUCAGUGAUUCUCUACUCAGCCUGCAGAGGGAGACAGACAGUCUGAGAAGAACCAAUCAGGAUCUGCAGACAGACUCCAGAGGCACAGCUCCCCGGCCCUCAGACUGCAGGGAUGUUUUAUCCUCCGGUGUUUCUCAGGACGGAGUUUACUCUGUGUUUCCGACUCAUGAUCCCGACGGCUUCAUGGUGUACUGCGACAUGACCACCGAUGGGGGGGGGUGGAUGGUCAUCCAGAGGAGGGAGGACGGCUCAGUGAAUUUCUUCAGAGACUGGGGGGCGUACAGAGACGGGUUCGGAAAAACUACCGGAGAGCACUGGCUAGGUCUCCAGAGGAUGUACGCCCUCACCGGAGCAGGAGGGUAUGAGCUGCGUAUCGACAUGGCCGACUUCGACAACGUCACGGCCUUCGCUCUGUAUGAGGACUUCUCCGUGGGGAGGGACUGUGUGAACCCUGAGGAGGACGGGUACCCUCUGAGUCUGGCAGGGUACUCGGGCACUGCAGGCGACUCCCUCCAGAAGCAUGCUGGGAUGCGGUUCACCACCAGGGACCGGGACCAGGACCAGUCUGAGAAUAACUGCGCCUCGUACUACCAGGGCGCCUGGUGGUACCGCAACUGCCACACCUCCAACCUGAACGGCCAGUACCUGCGGGGGGGCCACGCCUCGUACGCUGACGGGGUGGAGUGGUCCAGCUGGACCGGCUGGCAGUACUCGCUCCGCUUCACCGAGAUGAAGAUACGCCCAAAAACUAAACCCAACCUCUGACCCCACCUUCCCUGUCCUCUGUGCACUCUGACCCUGACCUUUGACCCCACCCUCCACUGGUUACUGAAUAGUCAAGAACUCUCUUCUGGACCCCGAUGGUAGACGUUGUCAGGACUCAGGACAGAUCUGCAAUUUUUUAAAACUGUUUUUUAGCAAGUAUUUGAACACAAACUGAAGAAUGAAGACCCCCCCCCCCUACAAAGUCACUGAGGACUCUAAACGCUGACCUUUGACCCCCCUGUGCAGCAACUGUGUUUAUACCGU